AUGGCUUCACACGAAUUUGCAGAGGAGAAAGGCGGAAAAACGACUGUUAUCUCCUCCACUCCCUCCGACUUUGUUCCCUCGGAAACCGAAAGCGCAGAAUUCGACACCGCCCCUCCUCCACCUCCCAGCGGUAUCCUCGCUCGACUGCGCCAUUAUGAAGCCCUCUUAGACGAUAAGCUUGGUGUGGAAAAAAAUGGCCCCGCGAGAAUACUGCCAGAGGAGCGCAACCCUCCCAAUCAGGCUAUUAUGGCGCUGAUGUGGGCGAGUGGGACGAUGAAUUUGAGCUGCUUUGCUACAGGGUUCUUGGGGUGGGAGUUUGGGCUGGACUUGAAACAGAGCAUCUUGACAGUGAUAUUUGGGACGUUGCUUGGUAGCAUGGUUACGGGUUGGUGCGCAACACUCGGUCCCGGGACUGGUCUCCGUCAAGUUGCCAUCACACGCUACAGCUUCGGCUGGUGGCCUUCCAAGAUCAUCGCUGCCCUUAAUGUCGUCGAGCAGUUGGGAUGGUCCUCUGUUGGCAGCAUCACUGGGGGUCUCGCUCUCUCCGCCGUCUCCGAUGGUAGGGUCUCACUCGUCCUGGGCGUCAUAAUCGUUGCAAUCCUUGGUCUGAUCUUCAGCUUCAUCGGACUUCGAGCCGUCCUUUGGUAUGAGUCGUGGGCAUGGGCCAUCUUCUUCGUCAUUUUCAUGAUCAUGUACGGCGAAGCUGCCAGUUUCGCAGACGUCAAAACGCCUUCGGCCCUAAAAGGACAAACGCUCUCAGGUACAGUGAUGACUUUACUUGCUAUCGUCUAUGGCUCGAGCUCCUCAUGGUCUUCGAUUGUGUCGGACUAUUACGUGCAUUACCCUGUCAACACAUCCAAGACGAAGGUCUUCCUCCUCACAAGCAUGGGCAUUACCAUUCCUACCUGUAUCGGUAUGGUCAUGGGCUGCUGUGUUGGGUCUACAAUGGGAGUAAAUACCGAGUGGGCGAAUGCAUACGACGAUGGACUCGGAUACUUGAUUCAGACGAUUCUGUUUCCCAGGGGCUUCGCCAAGUUCUUGCUUGUGGUGCUGGUCCUUUCUGGUAUUGGCAUCAACUGCAUAGCCAUCUACUCCGCUGCUUUGUCUAUCCAGCUCUUUGCAAGACCGCUGCAGGUAGUCCCACGCGCUUUCUGGACUCUCAUAAUCUUCGUUGGCAUUCUGCUCCUCGGAGUCGCUGGCCGCAAUCACCUGCUCGCUGUUCUUCAAAACUUCCUGUCACUUCUGGGUUACUGGAAUACAGCAUUCUUCGUCAUACUUUUCACCGAGCACUACAUUUUCCGCAAGGGCAGUCUUGAGAAUUAUAAUCUCGAGGUCUGGAACACGGAGUCGAAGAUGCCGAUCGGAAUUGCAGGCUUGAUUGCCUUCUUGUUAGGCAUCGUUGGAUGCAUUCUGGGCAUGGUGCAGACCUGGUACAUUGGUGUAAUCGCUGCCAUGAUUGGAGAGACUGGCGGAGAUAUUGGGAAUCAAUCAGCAGUCGUCCCUCAGUAUCAGUCAAUCCCAUUACGCCAGGCAUACUCUCACCACAAGCGGGUCUCCCAGAAGCAGUCAGACUCUUCUCAUCAGCCCUCUCUCACUUCCGCCGAGUACCACUCCACCUUCGCGUCCUCGCAACCCGCACAAAUCGUUACUACUGCCAUAAAAAGACAAUUGGCUGGGUUCGAUACAGCAACGUAUUUCGAGGCGGGUGAAGAAUUCACCAUCAAAGCCCAAAAACUUCUAUCCGGCUGUGAGCCGGAGGCGCUAAGGGUGUUCUCGCUGGAGAGCGCCGUCUUACGGACGUGUCGCACGGUCUAUUCAGAAGCCAAGCCCGUCCUCUACGGAGAAAACACCUUUCUUUAUUCUUGCGUCGCGUCAAAGUUCGUUACGGAAUACGGCAUGAUAGGGUUCCUAGACAAGAGACUGAAACAUAUACAGCAUCUAAAGCUCGAAAUUGAAGAUAUUACCUGGUGUGGAGAGUCCACUGCGGAGAGUGUUGCUCGCGCAAUUCAGUACUUCAUCGAGCGUGGUUGUGAACUGGGGACUUUUGAGCUUAUUUUGAAUCAGCUAUGGGGCAGACCUGGAGGAUAUUAUGAAGACAGACACCAUCUGCUCAGAAAAAUUGCUGCCAGCCAGGAAGUCAUGGCAGCACUGGUUGAGCUGGAAGUUUCCAAGACCUUGACCGUUUCAGUUUGGUUUCGGCAGGAAGACGAAGCCUCUGAGCACGAGCUUCGAAAGUCAUCAGUUGACAUGCUCCAGGAUUUUGUGGACCGUUUGGCGUCCGAAAAGGGGAUGACUGCCACGGGAAUUGUUAUCGAAGAUACUGAGGGAGACGGAGCCGAAGAUGACUCCGAAGGGGGAUAUAAUGGUGAUGAUGAUUGGGCUUUCAUCCCGUACAAGCUGUCCUGGUGCCUUCGCUCGCAGCGCUCCGAGCAGCAGAGCGCCAAAGUGGCCAGUACAAGCGAUUGA